CUCCCCGCUCCCUGGCACAAUGAGCAGAAGAAACAAUGUUCGCGGUCCAAGCUCUGCGCUUACCAGCUUUUUGAAGGACAGCGGUAUUACAGCCGCAAGUGUGGCGCGCAGAGCCGCCACACGUCGACAGCCCUCGAGACUUGCGCAAACGACCACGGCUUCGACUUCGGAAGGCCAGGACGGUGGAAAUCAGCAAGAUUCUGAGCAGCCGCAGGAGAAAGAGCCUGAGCAAUCUGUAGCCGGACCUAGUCGGAGACGUGCGCGUCGGACACUGGAUUAUGACUCGGAUGAGCUCGACGAGCCUGAUGAAGAGCAUAAGAAAGCACCAAAUCGUGACGAAGAGGAGCCUUCUCCGAAGAGGCGCAAGACGAACGCCAAAUCCAAGGCGGCGCCGGCGAAAGCAGAGAAAGAGAACGCCAAGGCGAAAGGCAAGGGCAAGGGGAAAUCCAAGAAAGGGAAAGGUUCAGACGACGAUUACGAAGACGACGACGACGAUGCCUAUAAUGGUCUUAGUUUGUGGUCAACCAACGCGUCAAAGCCACCCGUUGGCAGCUUCGAGAACUGCGCCAAGUGCGAGAAGCAGUUCACUGUGACGAAGUAUACCAUGGCCGCGAACCCCCCUCCAGGAUAUCUUUGCCUUCCGUGCAGUAAAUCCUCGGGAUCCGAUCCCUUCAAGAAGCCUGUGGCGCCACGGAAGCGGAAGGCUACCGAGGACAGGAGGAAGAUAGUCUACUUCGAGGAGAAGCAAUUUCCGACGCUGGUGUCGAUGUGUAUCCAGCUUGUGAGCGAUUAUAUCGACGAUGUGGAAGCGCUUGGUCUCGACGGCACCAACAUGGACGCGAUUGCAAAGACCCUCGCGAAGACCAGGAAGCUUAAUGAACAAAACGCUCCCUUGUUCUAUGAUGCUCAGCAGACGAACCUCACGCUUUACGACGUUACAAAUCUCACGCCUCCGGCUUUGUGCGCGCUUGGCUCUCUGAACCCGUCGCUUACGCACCUCCGGCUGGAUUUCUGCGGCCGAAUGGAUGAUUCCGUCCUCAACUCCUGGCCCCGGUCCAUGCCGCAACUCACGCGUAUCGAGCUUCUUGGUCCCUUCCUCGUCCGCCGGGAUGCAUGGAUCUCCUUCUUCGCCUCGCACCCGCAACUCACGGGCUUCCUCAUCACUCAGAGUCCGCGCUUCGACCUUGCGUGCGUCAAGGCCCUCGUGCGGAGCUGCCCUGAACUGCGUGAGCUCAGGCUGAAGGAGGUUGGGCGCAUGGCCGACGAUUGGUUAGACGAGUUGUGCACGUUGGCGGGUUCACUUGAGUAUCUGGAACUCUCAUACCCGGGCCGAAGUCUCAGCGAGGAUGCGCUUGUUGGGCUCUUGGAGUUUGUAGGGCCGGGCCUCACUCAUUUGGAUUUGUCGGGGCAGUCGAUGAUAACGGAUGGCUUCAUGGAGGACGGGAUCGUGCCCAACGUGGGAAAGCUUCAGAAACUCAAGCUGGCGGACGUGCCUCAACUGACGGAUGAAGGCGUCGCCAACCUCUUCGAUACCUGGGUGGACGAGAAGGAACCGGACUACAACCCGCCUCUUACGGAGAUCUCGAUGCCACGAAACCAUCUACUGACAUCGGAGGCGCUCCUCGCUCUGAUGAACCACUCGGGUCCUGAGCUAAUGCAUCUUGACAUCAACGGCUGGAAGGAUACAGGGCGCGAGGGCGUGUUGGAGGACCUUGGCGAAUACUGCCGAAAGCUGAAGACGGUCGAUAUUGGGUUCUGCAGAGAGGUAAAUGACUUCGUUGUCCAGGGGAUUCUGGACAACUGUGCCGACGUGAGGGAGAUCAAGAUUUGGGGAUGUAAUAAGGUGACAGAGACUUGUCCAAAGAAGAGGGGAGUAAACAUCCUCGGGUUCGAAGCACACGUCGUUUGAAUAUAUUGAUGUCGAUUUGCUCCCUUGCGAUGCUCUAUAGCUGUGCU